GGUAGGGCAUUUUGAAAGCACUGAGCGUAUGGAUGGUGAGAGAAGAUAGAGGAAAAGAAUAGGAAAGAAGAGAUGAGCAGUGUUUAAAGAAGAUGCACGGCACAACACCCUACAAUAUCUGACUUCACUGCCCACUUGACAAGCAAAGGAGAGAGGACGGCCGGUGGACUCAUCCAUCCACACAGCAUGUCUUCUGUGACCUGUCCUGGCAUGGCUCUACUCAAACUGGGAAAUAUAUGGGCUUCCAGGUCACUUACUCAUACGGCUGCACUCCGAGGCAGGUUGAGAAACUACUGAGAAUGGAGCUCCUGUUCUGGUUCCCACACAAGCAUUGCGAAUAAAAGAAGGUGAAAAUAUACCACGCAGUGCACAGACGGCCAACAUCUACCGGCCUGACUACCGCCUUCCCUCUGGAAACCUGUGAACUUGUUGUGAUUACUGUGCACUUCAGUCUACCUGCCUGAUCUCCUGGAGCUGUACUGUGGCCGCAGCAGGUGGGAGUGCGUUUUACUCGGGUGGAAUACAAGGGGAAGCAAUAUUACGGGUCCUCUUUAGGAGGGUUCAAUGGCAGCUGUUGACGACAAGAGAAUGUCGCACUUGACCCGUCAUGCUAAGGGAAAUAAAUUUCUGCUUGUUUGUCACAUCUUGGAAUACAUGGUGAAGAGUGCGGACACUUGCGAGGAUGGGACGUGCCGCUGUCCCUGACUGAUUUUGCGAGAUCUGUUUGGCCAACACAAAGGACAAAAGGCUAAAUACAAGCUUGAAUACAACACAGCUUUCAUGUCAGGACCACGUGGAUGUUACAAUGCACAAACCCUUCCCACGCUCUGAAAAGGAAGAGUAGAGAGCGUUUCCAUCUCCCACAACCUCCUACUGAAAUCUGAGGAUGCGAGGGUAUGAGUUAUGAGCUGCUUGGACGGUGUUUAAUCAACCCUACGGAGAGGUGAAACUGGGGUAUACUUGCUUACAGGACUGCACCAUGCCGGGGUUGAGGAGAGCUGAGGUCUUAGCUAAUGAAAUUAUUCACUCUUAGGUCAUUUCAAACUUGAAAAUUAAAUAAACUAAUGACAAAACCAACAACGGAGUAGAUACAUAACAGAAUGUGCACAAAGGGGUAAAGGACACUAGUGAGAAAAAAAGGUGUUGGAAUAUGGUUGGCGCGUAUGAAAUCCUGCCAACACAACAGCGAUUCGGUCGCAGUUGCUAAAGGAGCUCCAAACGAAGACGGUGAAUACAAGGGAGGGGAGAAUGCAUACCCCUCCUGUUCUGGGAUUCCAGGCCAUCAUGAGCAACGUCACUGUCCUAGAUAACGUAGAACCCUUUGACUCCGACAUGGACCUGGAAUCACCCUAUCCUGUCAGUUUCCAGGUGUCUUUGACAGGUUUCCUCAUGUUGGAGAUUGUGUUGGGUCUCAGCAGUAACCUGACCGUAUUGGCACUCUAUUGCAUGAAGUCCAACCUGGUGAGCUCCGUCAGCAACAUCGUAACCAUGAACCUGCACGUGUUGGACGUGUUGGUGUGUGUGGGCUGCAUACCGCUGACGAUCGUUGUGGUGUUGUUGCCGCAGGAAGGCAACAAUACACUUAUCUGCUGCUUCCAUGAGGCCUGUGUGUCUUUUGCUAGCGUGGCCACCGCUGCCAACGUCCUGGCCAUCACUCUAGAUCGCUAUGACAUCUCAGUGCGGCCCGCAAAUCGAGUACUCACGAUGGGGCGAGCGGUUGCCAUGCUUGGGUCUAUUUGGGCUCUAUCGUUCCUAAGCUUUCUGGUUCCCUUCAUAGAGGAGGGUUUCUUUAGCCAGACAGGUACCGACAGGAACCAGACAGAGGGUGAAGAACCUUUAAACCAAUAUUACACUGAACUGGGCCUCUACUAUCACCUGCUGGCACAGAUUCCAAUCUUCUUCUUUACUGCCGUGGUCAUGCUGGUGACCUACUAUAAGAUUCUGCAGGCGCUCAACAUCCGCAUCGGUACUCGUUUCCAUGCAGCUCCUAAAAAAAAGCCUAGAAAGAAAAAAACCAUCUCCAUGACUUCCACUCAGCCAGAGUCCACCGACGCCUCACAGAGCAGCGCAGGCCGCAAUCCACCGCUGGCCAUGCGUACCUCCGUGUCGGUGAUCAUCGCCCUCCGACGGGCGGUAAAACGGCACAGGGAACGCCGCGAACGACAAAAGAGGGUCUUCCGCAUGUCUCUUCUUAUCAUCUCCACCUUCCUGCUUUGCUGGACACCCAUCACUGUGCUUAACACGGUCAUCCUGAGCGCAGGGCCAAGUAACUUCACCGCACGCCUCAGGCUUGGCUUUCUGGUCAUGGCUUACGGUACCACAAUUUUUCACCCGCUGCUUUAUGCCUUCACUCGACAGAAGUUUCAGAAGGUCCUCAAGAGCAAAAUGAAGAAGCGUGUCGUGUCUGUGGUAGAGGCUGACCCUAUGCCUAAUAAUGUGGUCAUCCACAACUCAUGGAUUGAUCCAAAAAGGAACAAAAAGGUGACGUUUGAGGAGACCGAAGUCAGGCAAAAAUGCCUCUCGUCAGAGGAUGUGGAAUGAACUGCUUUGGCCGACGUACGGCAAAUGUCCUCAUCAGGUACAAAAUCAUUAAAAAGGGAAACCACUAAUCCAAAGCAGUAACGAAUUUAAGUGUAUUAAUUGUACAGUAUGUGAAGAUAAAUUAUUUAUUACCAUUUAUUGUGACGGUGAUUCGGUGUUGUAGAUGGUAAGUUGUAAAUACUGCAUGUGUUUUGUUGAAGUAGUCUUGGACAUUGUACAUACAUCUCGGAGUAAAGUAUAAACCUCAAAUGUACAGAACUAGAAACCGAUGUUCCUGGUUUUGCUCGUUUCUAUUAAAUACCCUUGAAAUGACUAAAGAGCUCUUUUCUGGUCAAAAUGACCAAGGCACAAUUGCUUAAUGAUAUUGCUUGGCCAAUUUCCAGCUGUGAGCCCCAUUUCUUUCUUUCUCUGAACACGGGUUAUGUCUUUGUUCAUCAUGGAGUUUGUCACCUCACCUUUUACUGACAAAAACAUAAGGUCAAUGCAAUGUUUAAAAUUCAAGUGUGACCUAUUUGGUAGAUAUCUGCUAUCUGCCCUUCACUCUGAAACAGAAGGUACAGGAUAGCUUCAUUACUACUCAGGUCAACAAAUCACAAGGCAGAGUUGAUGAAAUCAGAUCUGGUUCUCUUCAACAUCACACUCACAGGCACUAGGCAAAAUAAUCAUAUCUUUUAAACGGGGUGAGGGGCAUGGUACAUGUGGUCCAAUAACGCAGCUGGGGUCUGAAGUGGUUGGGGACUGCAAAUGAAAGGGUGUUGACUCUAAAUACUUGACCUUGUGAGACUCAAUGAGUUAGUAGUGUUGAUUAUGAAGGCUGACUUUUAGGAAGAUAACUGUACCAUGUGGUAAGCUACAAAAACAUAAAUCAGCCCUUGCACUGCAACAAUGGUAGGUCACACCGAUCAAAGACAAGUCAAUUUAUUGCAUACAGAAAAUAAAGAAUAGAAAGAAAAGCUUUGAUUUCUGAGUUGGUUGGUUAAAUUUCCUCAGAUUCAAGAUGGUAAAAUGGUUGGUGAAAUUCAACAACAGAUGACAGCUUUCUAAUUAAACAUGCAAUUCAGUUCCAUGAUAGCUCUCAUUUAAAGGGUUUUAGUCACUCACUUUUCAUCUUGGUAUUUUAGAUGUAACAUUGCCAAAACUGAUUUAAUGCUUGCACAUGAUGCAAGCAAAAAGCAUCCAAGGUCAGUAAAUGUUGAUAAAAUGUAUUCAAAACACAGCUUGAUGGAAAGUCUUUAAACUUAAUUGAAAACUCAUCUGAUUCAAUGAGUAAGUGAAUUAUGAAAUAUUUUCUAGGGUUUUUAUCAACAGAUAACGGGCAAAAAAGCCAUCUCUGUCGAUCUAUAAUGAGAGCACACUAUGCCGAACAAGAGCAAGUCAGAGUUUUUAAGUGAUAAGAUCUUUUAUCAAAUCACAGGCUUUCACAAUGAUGAGCUACUCUGGUAAAAACCACACAGAGACAAAUUUGCACAAAACACCAUGAACACGUAAGGUGUAAAUGAAUGUAUGUAAUGUUAACUACACGUCCUUAGAUUUUGCCUUACUGCCAAACCUCUCUGCACAGUUGUCUUUAGAAAACCAAAACAUUAAAGGUAUUAGUUCAGCCAGAAGGCAGGCAGAUAAACAAAUACAGAACGGAAGUACACUUCGGUUCAGGCACGUAACCGCGACAACGCGAGUGAGUCUGAUGAAACCGUCUAUAGAGCACCAUGCAAACAACUCAUGUGGCAAACCAUAAAGUGCUGCAAGGCGACGAUAUCCUCAUACGUAACGGAUCACACAGCUGUUGAUGAAAUGAUCGAGUGAUACAAGGUUGCGUAUGAACGGAGGCUUUAUUGUUUUUGUUGUAAAUAAGCUGUGCAGAUUUCUCUUGCACCUGAUUGAUAGGGCCCGUGCCAGUGAAAUGGGUCACCGUAAUUGUUAAGAUUCUGCUUACAGGUGUCAAGGGUGUAUGAAAGCAUACAAAGUUUGCGUGGGAACAAAUACAGCACAGUGAAUUUUAUUUAAAACACUAAUAUUUAAUAAAAAGUGAAUAAGGUUAAAAAAGUAUUAAAAGAUGUUGCUAGAACUAUAUAUUUAUAGCACAACAGUUAUUAAUUUGUAGGACUGUUUUACAAUGCCAAAUACAAUCUUAAUCCUCUUACAGAAGAUUUUCAAACCUUGAGCAGACCUCAGGAGACUAAUGUACCCUCAACCUGCCUCCAUAUACACUGCAUGUAAUUAACACCGUAUUAGACCACAUACAGGAUUUUAUCACCUCUGUGUUUAAUCGCUGGUUAAUUUGAGACUUCUUACCUCUCCACUGUCUGAAUCCAAUAACCUCAUCCAUCUCUCUUAUCGCUCAGGUUUCUUUCUUCUCUUGACAUCCACAUGUCACUCAUUCGGUCCCAGAGGAACGUGCCACAGAAAGCUAAAUUCUAUGAUUGACAGUUCUUCUCCAUUUGACAGACAGGUGCAGGUCAAGUGAUGCAGCAAACAGGGCAUAAACCACUGCACGUUUGGUUUAAUUUCAAUGUUGGGUUUAAUAUAAAAUAGGGGUCUCACAAAAACCGGUAUUUACAAUAACAGUGAUUAUCAAUGCUUUGGUAAUAGUAAUACAUUUUAUAAUACUGUAAAUAAUUCAGCAGCCAUUGUAAAUUUAGCAUAAAGAGGCACAGUGGCACAAACUUUCUGGCUCCCUGCUCUUGACUUUUGAGUACAAUUCAUUGACCAAAAAACAAACAAACAAAAAAUAAAUAAAAUAAUGUUCUGCCAGGACAUUCAAUUAAUUACAAUGUUGUCACAAUGCUAGAACAAAGUUGUGACUCCUAAAGUUAGCGAUAUAUGCUAGUUAAUGCUACAUGCUAGCAUUUAGGCUGGAGUUCUACUCGUGAGUUACGGUUACGUUUUGCAGGUCCAAACUAAAAAAAUCCACUCUGAAACAUCCAUUAACAAUCUCCAAACAUUUGAUUAUUCCUCAAAUUCAGUAUCUUCAUCCGAUACAGGCUCAAACAUAAGGUCUGUUUACACACACGCACUGAGCUACUGAAAGAGCUGCUCUGUGAAACAGCCAAUCAGAGCAAAGCCCAACAUUAUUAUUCAUGACCCUUUCAAAUAAGGUAAUAAUAGACCAUUUCAUUCUAAAGGCAAAUCCAAGGGUUGUAAUGGACAUGUAAAACUGCUUCUGGAUAAUCUUUGCACUUAAUAAAGCCACAUCCCUUCUAUAAAAGGUAUCAGAGAACAUUAUUUCAAUUAGGGAUGCGAUGAUAAAUGGUGAUAUACACCAAUAAUACCUGGCCGAUAACUAUUCUGACUUAAAAUCCCUUAUAUUCUCCAUGAUUGUUUCAAAACAGGACACUACAGGGUCCAACCCUAUAAUUUCCUCUUCUCCACCUUCUCUUCCUUAUCCUGGUGCACUUAAAUCCUCAGUUGACAUUUAUCUGACAUUGAAUUCCUCUCCUCAAUUACGGCAUCCUCCGUUCGUUCAUGUUACUCCAAUCAUCACAUUACGGCUGACAGCAGUUACACGGAUGCCCUCUGCCUUACAAAACACCUUCACCUCCCUCCAAUAUCCGAGUCAAUCCUCUCAUAAGCCAUUUCCAGGUCUCCUCUAACUGUCCAUCCAUUCACCUGUCUAUCCAUUGGUACCUCACAUUUUUUGUGCUUGCAUGAGCAGUGGAGUCACAGAGGAAGGAUUCAUAAACCUUGCGGCUAUCGUGUUAGGAACAUUGUAAUUCAGAAUUCCUCUGGGCAGAUGUUGUGUGUAUAGAGAGAAGUGAAUCAAGAAAACAAAAAAUGGCCUGCAAGAUUACAAGUGUGUUUUAAAGAAAUCUUAGUGACACUUUACAAUAUGUUUGAUAUUUUUUGUUCAUCAAACAUUUAAUAAAGAGCAUCUAUUUCAAAACAACGUUAUUAUGUGUAUUUGGUAUAAUACAAUGCGUUCGCGUGGUUUAUGGGUAAAAAACACAUUAUUUUCCACAUACUGUACAUUUUUGUAGCUUCAGAUUAUGUCUACCUGAAACGCACAGAGUUUGUACAAAACUGUCCCUGAUUGGCCAGCUUAUCUGUACGUUGUGAUCGGCCUGAAUACCUCUGAUGUCAGCAGGAAAUGUGACGCUCCUUACCAUGUUUAAAAGAUUUGGUUACAAUGCAAUGCUAACAGGAGUUAACUUACAGGCUGUGAAUUUCUCCAAGCGGGAGAAAUUAUGAUACUGUCUGUCUUUUCUACAUCACCGAUCCUAGGAAGGAAACUGUUGCCUACAAUUCAUGUGUUUGUUUUAGUCCAAGAAAAGAGAUUUACGCUGGAGACGAUAACUCGCUUCAUCGUUUACUUUGGGGUUUGUACCUUUUGCAUAUCGUUAACAUCUACUAAUACACACUCGCACACACCAAAGGAAAUUUAAAAUUGUAAACCAGACCAUUGGUGCUCUUUAGCAUUAUUAAAUGCAUUUGGUAAAAUGAAUUAACAAUGAUCAAUAGAGCAUUUAUUAAUCUUUUUUCAUGUUAGUUUAUUGUGCAAAUGUUAACAAUUAUUAACGAAUGUUAACAGUUACAACUUUUUAUUUUUUUAUUUUUUAAAUGUAUUAAUUAAUGCUGAACAUUUUCAUCAACAUGAAUUAAGACUAAUACUGUAAAUGCUGAAGAAGAUUUGUUCAUGAUAAUUAAAGUUAUAUGUUAUCAAAUACAACCUUUUUAUAAAGUGUUACCAAAAUUGUAUAUCACAGUAGCACUUAUCUUUUACUGAUACUUUUUUUAGGUAUUCUAGUAUCACAAUCCCAGUCUGUUCCCCAGUUUGUUACUCUGUUUAGUCCCUCCAUCAUCAAAUUUCCUCAUUUCCCAUGAUUCUCACCUGUCUCUAUUAUAUCAUAACCCACACCUGUCUGCGAUCUACCUCAUGUACUCCAUUCCAUAUACAGUAAGAUCGAUCUGUUUUUCCUAUUAUUGUCUGGUCUAUGUCAUUAUGCUGUGUUUAAUUGUUACUCCUGUUUUAGAAUUGACUUUGUGGAUAU